UGUAAAGAACUUGCCAAGUCCAAGGCAGAAGUGGCCUGUAUUGCUGUCUAUGAAACAGAUGUGCUUGUCGUUGGAACUGAGAGAGGAAGAGCCUUUGUCAAUUCUAGGAAAGAUUUUCAGAAGGCUUUUGUUAAAUACUGUGUUACAGAAGAGAAGAGGGCUCAAGAACUGCCGACGACAAACACUGCACGACCUGUGAACAGGCUGACGGUGGAUAUGGUGGAACUGGAAGCUCUCAGAAAGUCUGUGGAGGACUUUUUCUGCCUUUGCUACGGUAAAGCUUUAGGAAAGUCAACAGUGGUACCGGUGCCAUAUGAGAAGAUCCAGAGGGACCAGUCUGCGGUGGUAGUGCAGGGCCUGCCCAAAGGACUUGCAUUUAAACACCCAGAAAAUUACAAUGCUUCAACCCUGAAACGGAUUUUGGAAAACAAAUCGGAGAUCUCAUUUAUUAUCAAAAGGCCUUUCCUAGACCCAAAGAAACAGAAAGGAGCUCAUAUGACAGAUCCUUCACAUUCAAUUAUACCUCCAGGUGGAAGCUCUCUUCCUAUUCAAGUGAAAACAGAACCAAACGACGAUUCUGGAAGUUCUUUGGAAAAGCACACAGUAAUAGUGAAGGAGGAAUCAGAUGAUCCUGACUACUACCAAUAUAAUAUUCCAGGCCCUUCCGAAACAUCAGCGAUCGAUGAAAAAAUUGCUGCUGCAAAAAGUUGCACAGAGUCCUCCCAGCGCACCCCUUCAGAAACGAGUGAGGAUCCUGAGGUCGAGGUCACCAUCGAAGAGGAUGACGAGGACUACUUGCCCCCUAGCAAGAAACAGAAGGUCACAGAGAUAGCUAAUGAAGCUGCCAGUGGUGGGAAAAGAAGAACAAAAGAGUUCGAUUUUGAGAAAUGGAAUGCACGAAUUACACACUUGAGAAAGCAAGUUGAAGAGCUGUUUGAAAAAAAAUACGCUCAAGCUAUACAAGCAAAAGGUCCAGUGUCUAUCCCAUACCCACUCUUCCAGUCACAUGUGGAAGACUUAUAUGUGGAAGGGCUGCCAGAAGGAAUUCCCUUCAGGCGACCAUCCACGUACGGCAUUCCCCGUCUGGAGAGGAUACUUCUAGCAAAGGAGCGGAUCCGAUUUGUGAUUAAAAAGCAUGAGCUUUUGAAUUUAACAGAUGAAAAUGUAUCGUUGGACAAGGCAGUUGGAGGAGUUAAAUACAGGGUGUGUGCCAGAAUCACCAAACUGAGAAAGAUGGUAGAUGAACUCUUCUGUAAAAAGUUUGCCGAGGCCUUGGGGAGCACUGAGCCCAAAGCCAUUCCAUACCAGAAAUUUGAGGCCCAUCCUACUGAACUCUGUGUUGAAGGGCUGCCAGAUAACAUCCCCUUUAGGAGUCCGUCCUGGUACGGAAUCCCUCGCCUUGAAAAAAUAAUUACAGCAGGCAACAGAAUAAAAUUUGUGAUCAAAAGACCAGAGCUGCUAACUACCCCUUCAGCCGAAGUUACUGAGCCCAGGUCGAACACCCCGGCUAAGACAGAUUGGAACGUCAGGAUCACAAAGCUCAGGAAGCAAGUAGAAGAGAUAUUUAAUAUGAAGUUUGCUGAAGCUCUGGGGCUUUCAGAGGCAGUGAGUGUUCCCUAUCCUGUGUUUGAAUCAAACCCUGACUACUUGUAUGUCGAAGGCUUGCCAGAAGGAAUCCCCUUCCGGAGUCCCACGUGGUUCGGAAUUCCACGCCUUGAAAGAAUUGUCCGUGGGAGCAGCAGAAUCAGAUUCGUUGUUAAAAAGCCCGAGCUUGUCACUUCCUAUUUGCCUCCAGGGCUGGCUAGUAAAAUAAACACUACAGCAGCGAGUUCAAAGAGUUCACAAGGGUCAGGAAGUCCUGGAGGCAAUUCAAAGGUCCCGGAGGUUGAAGAAGGUCCUAAUAAACCACAAACAACAGAUGUUCAAACCAAUGGGUCCAAUGUUACUUUCAAGCCACGAGGAAAAGAGUUUUCCUUUGAGGCGUGGAAUGCCAAAAUUACUGACUUAAAGCAGAAAGUCGAAAAGCUUUUUAAUGAAAAAUGUGGGGAAGCGCUGGGGCUGAGUGAACCAGUGAAGGUGCCGUUUGCGUUGUUUGAAUCCUUCCCGGAGAUUUUUUAUGUGGAAGGCCUGCCCGAAGGAGUGCCGUUCCGCCGACCUUCUACUUUUGGAAUUCCAAGACUAGAGAAGAUCCUGAGAAAUAAAUCUAGGAUAAAAUUCAUUAUUAAAAAGCCUGAGAUGUUUGAGGCAGCUCUUAAGGAAAGUUCUAGAAGCCCCCAAAUAAAAAAUAAUUCACCUAACAUAGCCAAGACAGCAAGCACAACAAACACAGUGGUGAACACGGCUGCAGGUAUUGAAGAUCUUAACAUCAUCCAAGUAACUGUACAAGAUGAUGAAAAUGAGCGACUGUCGAAAGUAGAAAAGGCCAGACAACUGAGAGAGCAAGUAAACAAUCUUUUUAGCCGGAAAUUUGGUGAAGCCACUGGUAUGAAUUUCCCGGUGAAAGUCCCGUACAGAAAAAUCACCAUCAACCCCGGCUGCGUGGUGGUCAACGGGUUGCCGCCUGGUGUAGCCUUUAAAGCUCCCAGUUACCUGGAAAUCAGCUCCAUGCGGAAGAUUCUGGAAUCAGCAGAGUCUAUCAAAUUUACUGUCGUCCGACCGUUUCCAGGACUUGUGAUUAACAAUCAGCCAGCUGAACCAAGCCAAAUAGAAGUAUCUUUAGAUGAUUCCCCCAAGGGAGAAAACGGCAAAUCUCAGCGCUCCUGUUCUUCUGUGUCCUUCUCCGGGGAAAUGCCCUUUCCAGUCUCCAUCACCCCAGUUCCCCUGGCAUGUCACUGCACUCAGGGAGAAGCCAGCAUGCCCGACCUGAACUGCUGUCACCAGCUCACUGGCCGGUUCACUCUGAGUCGCUUUGUCCUCAAUGACCUCGACCUAAAUCUGUCACCUGGAGCCCGUGUCCUUGUUCCAGAGCAGCGGGGCAUUGCUGCAAAGCGCUGGAAUGACGCUUAG